GGCUUAAGAAUACAAAUGAAGAAUUGUUGUUCGAAUUAUAAGCAUAUCACAUCUGCAAUUGAAUCACUAAUCUUUUCAAUUUUACAGGUAGAAGAUGAGAAAAAGAAGAAGCAAGAUAAGAAAGAAAUGAAAAGGCAUAAGGAUCAUCACCACAGUAGGUCAAAGCAUGAUAAACGCUCAUUGAGAUGUUAUUCUGAUUCAGAAUACACAAGUGAUACUCAGGAAGAGAAGACAAGAGAGCGUCAAACAUCUGUACAGCAAGAAGGUAGGUCGAAGCGUCGGAAACAUUCAUCAAGAGAUCAAUCAGAUUCUGAAGAUGCUAAAGAAGGUGCAGAAGGGAAAAAAAAGAGUGAUUGCCCGACAUAUGAACAUUACCAGCACAGAAGUUCCAAGUAUGAUAAGCAUUCUCUGAAGGAUUAUUCAGAUUCAAGAAGGGCAGGUGAGUGUGAGGAAGAGGGGAAGUAUCGUCAUACAAUAUUAGAGCGUCAGCAACAUAUCCACUCAAAGAACGAGAAGCACUCAUCCAGAGGCCAUUCAUAUUCAAGAUACACUCACGAGAAAGAUGGGACAAGGUCUAAUUAUUCUGCGUCUGAACAACAUCAUACUGAUUCUGAGCUUGGCAUGGAAGACAAGAACAGGGAAACCAGCAGGCAAAGAGAACAGCCUGGCUAUAACCGUCGUCGCGGUGUACCAAAGAUGUUGGAGGAAGAGAGAGCAGCUCGGCUAAGAGAGAUGCAGCUGGAUGCAGAACUCCACGAGGAGCAAAGGAUGAAGCGGUUGAAGAGAGCAACGGAGGCUGAUGCCCAAGAAGCAAUGAGGGCAAGCUUUUCAAGAGGCAAGAAUUUUUUGGUUGCUGCCCAAAAUAGCAUAUAUGGAGCUGAAAAGGGAGGGAGUGCUACGAUAGAAGAGAGUGUCCGUCGUCGUGCUUACUACUCGCAGGGAAGCUCAGCAGCCCAUGAGAGCAAUGCAUUUCGACGGUGAGCAUGUUCCUGUCAUAUGUCAUCAUGUUGAAUCUGCAUAUGCACAAUUAUUCUGUUUUGAUCAGAUUCUUUGUGGAUUUAAUAUUGCCCAAACACUAUCUCUGGAUGCAAGAUAGCAAGCAGUGAACACACCAACGUCAAAUACUACCGGUCAGAGAUCAGUUUGACAAGUUGGAGGGCGUUUAUCAUAAAUUAUAUGAAAGGUCCAGCUAGUAGCAGUGUAUGCAUCUGUAAACCAACAGUUCAUUGGUUGCUUUCUUAUAUUACCUUUUCUCACAAGAUUUGUGAGUUCAUUC